AUGAAUUCCAACUCUACAAACUACAACUUCUUCCAGCUCAGUGGCUCGGUCAGCAGAGAACAGUAUCUCUAUUUAAACAAUAUCUUUGUUAUGAUCAAGGCAGUCGGACAGCCCACAGCUGCUGUUUGUCUUGCUCUCAGUGCUCUGGCCUUUCUUCUUGACCGGAAGCGGAAUGCAACCACUCUAUAUUUAGUGACCUUGAACUUGGCUGAGUCGUUUAACUUGACAAUGUUGUCUGUGUUCACAUUAUGUAGGAUGUCCUCAAGCUGCGAAAAAGGAGUUGUGUACUUUAAUGUAAGUUUGUGGCUCGGUGCUUACGUAGGGAUCUCGUGUCGCCGAAGUGUCCAUGUCUUGAACCUCCUCGUUGCGACACAGAGAUUCAUUGCUAUAGCUUUCCCCCUAAGGGCAAAGACUACCUUCUUGCUGAACCACCCACUGCUAACAUCUCUUGGCGUUAUUUUAUUUUCUCUCACUAUGCACAGCUAUUUUGCAAUCAUGUACGAAGUGUCUGACACUGGCAGCGUUUUGACUGCACUGGGGAAAGAAAAUUACGACAUAUUCAGCAAAUUUCAACACGUCAUCAUGUACCUCUUCAUGCACCUUUCUCUCGUCCUCACCGCUGCCGCAAACAUCGGAACUACUGUCACACUCGUCCUGCACAAGCGCAAAAUGCGCGGCGUUCGCACCACUCAGAAAACUAGCGGCGCUCGAGAGAAAAACGAACGGUCCAUGACCAUCAUGGUUCUUGUGUGUACCGGACUAUUUGUGUUCAUGUACCUCCCAGUCAGCACAAAUUUCACCCUUGUAGAUCUUCUGCCAGACUACAGUCACCUCUCAAGUGAAGCUUAUCUUUUUCUCACAAUCACAUCAGCAGCCAUGAUGUGCCAGGUGCUUGCUGCCCAACUCAUCUUCGUCAGCUAUAUCAUACUGAACAAAAACUUCCGGAAAAAUCUCCUCAUGAUUCUUUUCACCAUCUUCUGUCCUCUCUCCAAGUGCCGCUCGUACGUGUUGGCGUUAAAGCCCAGCAAGAAAGUGAAUCCGUGA